AUGAACCAGGUGGCUGUGCGACAGCGCGCCGACGAGCGCCGUAUUGAUGUGCAUGGAAAUGAAGAAGAGAAUCAGCAUGUACCACUGACGCCACGGCAGCGGGCUUCGCUGCGCUUCCUGCAGAUCAACACGCCUAUGAGUUUGCUGUGCUGCAUUGCCACUGGUCUGAUUUCCACGCUCAUCGUGCCAUCCAUGCACUAUGUAUUCCGCAGUCAGCCCACCUAUUUCACUAUGGCGCCACGCAUGUUUCUAGCGUACAGUAUCGUCAUGCUGUUCUUUGAAUUUGGGUUCUGUUUGUUGUCUCUUAUCACGCCGAACCCACAUACACAGCGCUGCAUCGUGCAGGGGGCGGGCUCACGCCUCGCUCUGAGUAACUAUAUACUUUCCAUGUGGCUUUUGUGUCGCAUCAUUGACACAAACAUGACGAUGAUCUUGGGCUCCAUUGUGCUGGUCGGCAUUCUGCUGCUUACCGCGACGAAUGGUUUGGUGCUGCGCACCAAGUACCGUCCCCGGUGGGUCCAUCCAUUUGAGCUGCUUCUUGUGCAUGUGCCGAACAAGCUGGUGCUCUUGCUCGUGGGACAGGUGCUGCUGUGGGAUCAGCUUAUGCUUACAUGGGGCUGGGAUCGGAGCAUGGGACGACAUGCUCUGGGAGAAGGGCUCUGGUUUGCCGCCCUCGUCCAGUCGCUGAUUGGUAUCGCGCUCGUGGUGUGGAUAUCACUCACGUCCGAUGUGUCGGUCUACCUUGCCUCUGUGUUCCUCGACAUUGCGGUGCUCAAGUUCCACAAGAUGCCUGUGAUCGGACCGAAUUCGCGUCCCUUUGUGCUAUCCAUCAUCUUGAGUGUGUCUAUGGGCCUUCGCACGAUCGCCCUGAUUCUGCCGAUGAUGCUAGACAAUGGGUUUCUUGUCAUUUGCCACACGCACCGACGCCAUUUGCCGGAAGAACGCUACGACGAAGCGGUCGUCGCCCCAGCAUCUUUGCCCCCCGCUGAGCAGAACGAACGCACACGGUUGCUGGCAUCGCGUGACAUGGCAUACGGCACCACAUAA